AUGGAGAGGCACAGGGGAGGAGACCGAGGAGGGGGGGAGAGGCAGAGAGGGCCAUCCCGGUGGUCCGACGGGCCGCCGGCGAACCAGCGGCAUGCUUCCCACAGCCAGUCUCGCGGCGGCGGCGGUGGGGGCGGGUUCGACAGCGGUGGGCGGCACCACCCUUACAGAGGAGGCGGCGGCGGGAGAGGUGGAGGGGGAGGGGAGCCUGAUUACCCGUUGAGUGCCGGCGGCGGUGGCGGAGGGGCCAACGGUGGCGGACGACAGCAUUCUCACCGUGGCGGUGGUGGCGGUGGCCGUGGCGGUGGCGGUGGGGGGCCGCAUGAUUAUCCCUCGGGUGGUGGCCGAGGGUUUGAGGGUAGCGGGCGUCACCACCCUUACCGUGGUGGUGGUGGUGGUGGUGGUGAUGGACCGCCUGAUUACCCGGCGGGUGGCGGUGGUGGAGUUGGGGGUCCCUCGUAUAGGCAUGGAGUGGAUGGACCCGUCGGACAUGGCCAUCAUGUUACGAUGGGAGGGGGGCAGAGGCGGAGCAGUGGAUUCUCAGCCUCCGGUAGGGGAGGAUCUCCUGGUUAG